CUGUUUGCAUAUUUGUUUUUUGCAGAAUCUAUACACACGCCAUUGAACGACAAUUGACCUGAGGUUCACUCCACGGACUGCUCGACACAACCGGACCACUUAAGAACAACCAUGGCACCCAAGGACUUCAAACCACCGCACAAGCUGCCAGCGGAUCAAGUCGCGCAAUACAAGGAGGUUUUCGAGAUUUUUGACAAGGAUGGAACUGGCGAUAUCACGGCUGCCGAACUCGGCCAGGUCAUGCGUGAGCUCGGCCUGAACCCCAGCGAAGCAGAGCUGCGUGAUCUUGUCAACGAAGCCGACCUCAACAACGACGGUGUCAUCUCUUUUGAUGAAUUCCUUGCCCUCAUGUCUCAAACGGUCAAAGAGCUGGAUACGGAGCAGGAACUUCUCAACGCAUUCAAAGUCUUUGACAAGGACGGAAGUGGCACCAUCUCCAGCGACGAGCUGCGUAACGUGCUAAAGUCCCUGGGCGAGAACCUGACCGAUGCCGAGCUCGACGAAAUGAUCAAGCUGGCCGACCGCAAUGGCGACGGCACCAUUGACUACCACGAGUUCGCCAACAUCAUGAAAUGACGUGGUGCUUGCUCUCAUAUUGUGGAAAUAUUGGGUUUUACAAGCGUCAGAAAGCGAGAAUACCCUAGGUUCCGGGAUUUGGAUCCCCCAGUUCUAGCGUUCCUUUAAGCC